AUGUAUAGCAGACCAAAUCAAAAUCAAGGCGAAGCGAGACUCGAACUGUUACUGGACGACUUGCAGUCCACUCUUCCGCGUAAAAACCAUGGACUCAGUAACACAUCGUCAACUGGGUACAGAGAAGUUACUAAAAGCACAUCAAGGACGAUUGGUAACGGUCAAACAGAAAUUAACAAAGAAUAUGAAAUCCAAUAUCUCAAUCCAGCCAACAAAUCCACAAUGCUCAGUGAAAGAUUACCCGAUCUUCAAUCGGUUGACUUGCUGCGACAGACCAACAAUGGAAAAAAUUCCGGUUACGAAACGGUUUCGUCUUACCAAUAUAAUAAAUCGACAGAAAGCAAAGGUACAGUUCCCAGACAAGAAACGAACAGUGUUAACAUGAGACAAAGUAUUUCUGAACUCGAUUCAUUAUUAGACGAUUUGAAUCAUGCUCAGAGAGUUGGAUUUUCAAACUCCGGAGUUAAUAGACAUGAAAUAACAACUAAUGAGUCCGGAAUUGAGCCAUUAAGGAGCAGUACGCCAUAUAAACAGCAAUAUAGUAAACACGAAGAACAUAGAUAUGGAAGUCUUAACCGAUCUAAAAUUCCAGGGACCAGUGAGAUGGUUUCCACCUACGAAACUUCGACAACAAACGGAGAACCUUUAGCAGAUUUAGAUUUGACCGAUGCUCCACGAAGUUAUACCAAGUUGCUUCAAAACCAAUCUCCGGGUAACUAUCAGACCUCGGUUUAUUCAAAAGAAACUACGAAAAAAAUAAUUCCGGGUACCACAACUUAUUCGACGUACCAAAAAUUCGGUUCACCUACAACGGACCCAGGUCAAUCUAAAGUGUACAACUAUUCAGAAGAAUAUCGCACUGAUAGUAGGAAUCGUUCGUUGAGAGAUUUGCCACCGUCUCCUCGUCCGCAUAGAUCUUCAUCUCCGCGUUCACCGUCACCGCACCGUUCGCCGUCUCCCAUGUCGUUUCCUCAACCACCAGAACCUAGAAACUACUCGAGUAGUCAUACUUAUACGAACAGGACAACGUCACCUCAGUCGGUACAGAAGUUUAGUCCUUCCGAUCCAAGCAGAAUCAACGUGGAUAAUAACUUAACUUCGCCGCCUGGCCAGACGGUUUACUCGUAUAAGUAUUCGAGUGAGACCAGAGAGAACACAAAAUAUGGACAACCAAAUGGGUACACAAAACCUAUACACCAAGAACAGUUGCCACUACGCCAUUCGCCGUUCCCAAGAGACGAGGCUGACACACCUGGACUCCAAAAUCCACCGAAACGAUUGGAUGACUUGAUGGCAUCGUUUGGUGACAGAACAGAUUACACGAACUACCACAGUAAUAGAGAAUACCACUCGAAUGUCAAGGAUUACCAGUCCAAGUCUAAAGAAUACGAACACGACAAGGCAGCAGAAUACACGAUUCCGAUUAAGAAGCCACAUCCCGAUAAUCUAGCUCCUGAGAAUAAAGGCCCUGAGAAAUUGACGGAAGUUAAAGAAACUGAAGUGACUCAGUCGGUCGCCGGGCCGCCAGUUUUUUAUCCCCCCGGGUCAACAACGUUUGUGAAGAAGGAAGAAGUAAUGCAACAGCAAGGUCAAUUUGGUCAGGGACAAAUGAAGGCCAAGGCCAAAGGAAUGUACAAGUACAAAAGCAAAAGCAAGUCAAAGGAAAAACAAAGUUCUGGAGCAACAAUGGUGCCAGUAUGUUUGCCAAUGUGCUGUGCCAUGCCAUGUGUUAUCAUGUAA